AUGGUUCCUAUUCUGGCUUUAACUGCAACUUGUUCUCCUGCUGAUGCUGUAUUCGAUUUACUAGAUAACUUUGAAGGAUGUGUAAUUAUUUAUGGAGCUAUAGUUACAGAAUAUAAUAAUAUGAUGAAUGAACUUCAGAAAAAGUUUAAUCCAGAUAUUGUAGGAAUGUAUCAUGGAAAACUUACAAGUAAAGAGCAAUAUGUUAUAUCUGCAAAUUGGAAGAAUCAAAUCAUUAAAAUAAUGUCAGCAACUUCAGCUUUUGGUAUGGGUAUAAAUAUAGACAAUGUUACUUUAAUAAUCCACACAACUCUGCCAAUGUCUUAUGAUCGAUAUGUACAAGAAAUUGAUCAAGCUGAAAGAUUGAGACAACAAUCUAGGACAAUACUAUUUUAUUCACAAAGUGAUAUCUGUACACUAUUAACAAUCUUGAAUGAUUCUAUAAUUUCAGAAUGCCAUAAUUGUGAUAAUUGUAAAGAACGGAAACGGGAUAAUCCAGAUAUUUGUGUUGUAUCAACAGAAGCAUUACGGCUCAUUAGAAUCGUAAAUGCACUAUUACAACAUGCAACAAUUCAAAAUAACAACAUACAUUAUGUAACUCGUGAUAAUGUAGUGGAUGUGUUUUAUGAAAACAAAAAUAAUUCUUUAAUUGAUAAAAAAAUUAUUAAUCAAGUUAUUGACCUUCAAAGAGUCCGUCCUGAAUCAUCAGUAUUAACUCAUAGUUGUAAAAUUGUAGGAAUUUGUGAAAAUGCGGAGAAUAUUAUUUCAUCAAAGAUUUGA